AUGAAGAUAAACAAAUUUUCAUCUAAAUAUAAGAAACUAAGAAAUUGUAGGUGUACUAAAGAAAAAAUUUCUUGUGAAAAAAAAAAAUAUUCUUUAAUAUAUAAAGAAACGGAAAAUUAUAUUGAUCCAAAAAUAAAAAAUAAAAAUUUUCAAGAAACUAAACAAUUCAUUAAUGUAAAACUUAAUGAUUCUGAAAAAAAUGACAUAAAUAAUGAUUAUUUUAAAGAGAAUAAGAUUCUGAACAAACACUAUGAGAAUAAUAAGAUAGGUGGAAAUGAAAAAUAUAAUAAACUUUUUUUUGAUAUUCAAAAUAAUAGAAAAAAAAAAACUAACAUUAAAGUUUUUCAUGAAAAUAAUUAUGUGCCUAGUUGUGGUAAUGAAAUAAAUAACAAUGUUUCACCUAGUAAAAUUAAAACUUUUAAAAAAUUAGAACCAUUUGAAGCAGAACCAAAUGAAUUCCAGACGAGAUAUGAUAAUAAAAUGUGUAAAAAUACUUAUAAACUAAAGAAUCCAUAUGAAAAAAAUGAAAAAAAUUAUGAAAUUAGAGAAAAUUACAUAAAUGAUGAAAGUGGUAAAAAUAUUUCAAUUGAAAAUCAAAUACAUAAUAAUGAAACUGUAAGUAACUUCAAAAACAAAAGUAUCAAAAAAAAUUAUUAUAUUGAUAGAAUUAAAAGUAAUAAUAUAAAUAAUUCUAAAGACUACAAUAAAGAAUGUAAUAAAAAAAAAAAAAAUCAAAAGGAUUAUAUCAAAAAAUUCAAGUUAAAUUUCCCUAAAAAAUAUGUUUCAACGGGGGGAAUGAGUUCAUUGAAAUUAGAAGACAACAUAAUUUCUGGAUUGUUAAAGAAUAGAUAUGAAGGAAAUGAAGAAAAUUUUGAAUUUUUAAUAAAUACCAAAAUAAAAAAAGAGAAUGAAAAGUUGAAUAAAUAUUCAAAAGAAUUGCCAAAUGAAAUAAUAUUUAGUGGAAAUAUUAUAAAUAUUGAAAAUGAAAAUAAAAUAGAGAAAAGAAGAAAUGAAAGUGAAAAUAAAAUCGAGAGAAAGACAGUUUAUUCCGUACCUAUGAAUAACUCAUUAAUGGAAAAAGUUAAAAGUAAUAUAAAAGAAAAUAUAGAUUUUGAGAAUUCUUAUAAAGAUGAAAAAAAUAAACAAAAUUCAAGUUCUUAUUCUGACGAAAGUUCAUUAUAUGAAAUUUCUAUAUUAGGAGAACUGAGUUUAAACUUUGAAUCAAGUAGUAACGAAAAUAUAAAAUCAUCUAUAAUUAACUUAAAAGAUGUUUCAAAAGAUAAUAAUAUAAUUGAAAAUAAGAAUUACCAAAAUAAAAAGAGUGAUAAUAUUUCUACGGAAAAUAGAAUUAAUAUAAUAAAAAAAAAUAUACAUGAUGAAUGUCAAGUUCCAAAUAGUACAAACAAAAAUAUAUUACCUAAAAUUAAAAAUGAAAAAGGAAUUAAUGUUAUGAUUAACUAUAAUAAUAAGAAUUCAAAAAUGCCUCAUGUUCAAAGUUGUAAUACUAAUGAUAAGUUUUUUUUAGUAGACGAAAGUGAAUGCAUUAUAAAUAGCCAGAAGAAAAAAAAUAACAAGACAAGUGAAAGUUAUGAUCCAAAAAUUGCAAAUAAUUUUAAUUGUAACAAAAAUGAUAUUUUUAUAAAAAAUGUGAAAUUCACUAAAAAAAACAUCAAUACAAAUGUAGAAAAGACAAAAAUUGAUAAUACUGAAAGCUUGGGAAGAAAUAAAAAAGAUUUAAAAAAAUUAGAAGAAAAAAUAUUUAUGAAUAAUAUAAAUAAAGAAAAAGUAAAAAGAAUCAUAGAGCGAAACAAACCAGUAGAUAGCAAUUCAUUAAAACGGAAUUACCAGUUAAUAACACGCAAGAAAGAUAAAAUAAACGGUUUAUUUAAUGAUAUUCAUACUAGUGAUUUAUGUGAAACGUGUAUGUGUAAUAAUAAAAAUAAUAAUAUAAUCUUAAAAAAAAAUAAUUAUUGUAAGUUAAGUAAAAAUAAGAAUGAAUCGUAUGAUGACAUUAAUUAUAAUAAAAAAAAAUAUGAUAUAAUUUUGAAAGAUCUAUUAGAAUUAACCAAAAGAAAAAAAAGAGAAACACACUGUUUUGAGAAUCAUGAGAUUCCUAAUGGAAUAGAUGAUAAUAAAAAUAUUGAGAAUAAAAUAAAAUGUAAAGAAAAUAUAAAAAAAAAUUGUAAGAUGAACAUAAUAAAUGACUAUGAAGAAAAUAAAAAAGGAAAGACUACUUUUCCUAAUGUAAUAAUGGAAAAAAGGGAAAAUGAACAUGUUGAAGAUACUGAUAUUUUAGGAGUUACACGUAAACAUAAUGAAGAAAAAAUUUGCAAUUUUAAUUACGAAAGUUUUGAUAAUACAAAAUUUACUAAAGUUAAUAGAAAUGAAUACAUAAAUAAUGAAGAGGAUAAGAAUAAAAUGGAAAUGAUGAAAGAAAUGAAUAAUUUAAAACAUUCAAAAUUUAUAGCAUUAGAAGAAGAUAUGAAAAUACUUACUGAAUUAUUAAAAAAAAAAAAUGAGCAAAAUGAAAAAUUGAAAUUACAUUUACAGUUGCAGCAAAAAGAAAUGCUUUCACUUUGGGAAAAAUUACAAUUCUGUGAAAAAAAGAAAAAACAAGAAAAAAAUUGGAAGAAUACUGUAUUUUAUCAAAAUUUAAUUAAAGUAAAGCCAUCUAAAGUUAUAGAAAUCAUUUUAAAAAAUAAUUUGGAGAACGAAAAUGAAUUUUUAGAUAACACUCAUUCAUCAUUAAAGAAACAUAAAAAUAAUAAUAUUAUUUCAAAAAAUAAUUUAACAUAUAAUAAUUAUGGAAUUAAUUUAACAAAUGAAAACAAAACACCAUUUUUACGUAACUAUAAGAAAAAUAAUUCUUAUGAGAUAAAAACAACAAAAAAAGAUAUUCAUAUUUUUAAUCAAGAUAAAGGUGUUUCUACCAAUGCACAAUUAUUAAAUGAAAAUGAAUUGUCUAAUUUUGAAAAUUUGAAAGAUAUUGAAAUAUCAAAUAAAAAGGAUUUUUCUACGUUUAGUAACUUGAAUAAACAAAUUUCAAGUAUAUCAUUAAAUGAAAUGAAGCACAUUGAAUCAGAUUUGUACAAAUUAAAAUCAACUUAUGUUCUUCCAAAUAAGGAUAAAACAGAUGAAAUAAUAACAACAGAUAUAAAAUCAAAUAAUAUAGAUUCAAAUAAUUUUAACAAAAUAAAAUGUUUUGAUCUUAAAGAAAACACCGUUAGUGUAAAAAAAUUAAGAAAUAAAAUUAAUAUAAAUGACUUACAUUCAAAUUAUUUAAUUAAAAACCAAAAAACUCCUUAUUUUAAUAAUUCACAUCAUUUAAAAACAUGUUGCACAAGAUUAAAUGCUAGUAACUCUGAUGACUUAAAUUCAUGCAUUUGUAUAUUCAAUAAUAACCAUACAAAUAAAAUUUAUAGAAGUAAAUGUAAAGAAAAUAGUAUAGGUAGAAACUGUUCAUCUAUGUAUGCAGGCAAAAUUAAAUGCUUUAAAAAUUGUAAAUUUUUAUCAAACAAUUUGUUUUUAACAAAAAAAAAUGAGAAUUAUGAAGAUAAAAAUAUAUUUAAAAAAAUUUUAUAUUUUAUAAAAAAUUACAGUAUCAAUAAUGAAAAAAAUAAUAAUUCUUUGAGAAGGCAUAAAUCAACAAAUUCAAAUUAUUCAUCAAAAAAAAAAUUCUAUAAUAAUCUUUAUUGUAGAUCACAAUCUACUUGUAGCUCAAAUCUUAAUUUUUCAAAAAAACUUCAAGAUAAGAAUUAUUUUGAUUAUUAUAUAAGAGAUUCUAACACAAAUUUAACUGGAAAAACAGUCACUAAUGAUGUUACAUUAAAAAAUGUUAUAGGUUCUACUUUUGAAGGAACAAAAAUAAAAAAAGAAAAUGACUUACAUAAUAAAAAAGUUAUGAAUGAUGCAGAGAAAAAAAAUUUUAAAAACAGAAUGAACAUAUCUGCUGUGAAUAAUUCAUAUAACAAAAUCUUCAUAAAAAAAGGAAUUAUAAAAAGUAAUUAUUCAUAUUAUUUUAAAAAUAAUGUUAAUAAGUCUUUUACAUCAGAUCCUAAAACUUUAAAAAAUCAUGAAAUUGAAAACUUGAUUAAUGCUAAAAAGAGAAUGAAUAUUCCAUGUAAAAUGGGUUUCAAAAAUAAUGAAAAUUUAUUAAAAAUAAAUAAUUUCAGUCAAGGUAUAAAUUCUAAAAUAGACAAAAAAAUAACUAAAAAUGAUGUUAAAACACCUAAGUUAAAAAAUAAUUUUUCUAAAAUGUUUGCAAAAUAUGAUUAUAUGAAUGACAAAAAUCAAACAACUAUAACUGAUUUAAGUAAAAUUAAUAUAAAUCAAGAAGGAAAAAAAAAGGAUAAUAGCUGUAAAAAAAAUGUUAUAGAAAAAGGAACAAAUAUAAAUAAUAUUUUAGAAAAUCAUCACAAAAUAGAUGAAACAGUUUGUCUCAAAAAUUAUUCUAAAAAAAGAAAUAAAAGAAGUUAUCAGGAAGGUGAACUUUAUGAUAAUAUAGAAAUUCUUUUUAAAAAAAGUUAUAAAGAUACUGAAAACAGUAAUGAAAUUUAUGAUAACAAUUCAAAAAUAAGAAACAAAAAUUAUAAAAUUGUAAAUACAGAAGAAGAAAUUAAUGACAAAAGUAUAGCACAAAAAGAAUCUCAUAAUAAUUUAAAAAAAAUAGACAAUGUAAUGAUUAAAGAUGAAGGUAUUAAAAUUAAAAAAGAGAAUUAUAAUAAAUUAAACAGAAAUGAAAAAUAUGUUUUCAAAAAUGUUGAUAAAAUUUUAGAUUCUACAUCUUUUGAAUUCUCUAAUAGUAUUCAAGAAGAUACAUCUAAUUAUUCUCUGAGUUCAAAUGAAGAAGUAUAUUUGUGGAAAAAAAAAAAAAAUAACAAAAAGCGGAAGUUUCUUAAUUUUAAAAGAUUUAAAAAUUAUAAGCUAAGGAAACAAAUUAAAGGAUGUAUUAAUGUUCAUUUAAUAAAUCAAAAUAAAGAAACAAAUAGUUCUCAAGAAAAUGUAAUUAAAAAAAUAAUUUUAAAUUACAAAAACAUGAAAUUAAAGAAAAAUAUACAUAAUGAUGAAAAAAAUGCAAAAGAAGGUGAUAUAUGUAAAAAUAUUAUAGGAUGUAAUUUACAAAAUCAUGAAAAAAAGAGAGAAAAUAUGUCCAUAAAUGAUGAAAAAGAUAAUUUUAAAGCAAUUAAUGAAUGUGAAAGUACAGAAAUUGUAAGUGAUGAAUAUGAAAAUAUGCAAAUAAAAAAUAAUGAAAAUAUAAACGCUUAUUUAAAAUUGAUAAGUGAUAAAAAUGAAAAAAAAAAAAAAAAACAAAAAAGCUUAAGAAAAAAAGAAAUAAAAGGUAAAAUAAAUAAUAUAUUAUAUUCAUCCACUAAUUGUAUUUUACCUGAUCCAAAAAUAAGUUUUCUUCAAAAUGAUGAAUCUUUUAUAAUUGUUGAAUAUCCAAACAUAAAAUAUUAUAUAAAAUGUCAUUAA